CUCUCUCUCUCGCUUAACCCGUUUGCUCUUGCGAUUUGAAUUUCGGAUUCAAUUCAACUUCAAAAGUCGAGCGGUAAAGUUCGCCCCGCGAUAAAGAAGUGAUCCCAUCCUGCGAGUGAAAAUAAAAACAAAUUCCAGCCGCGUUAUCAAAACGGGCCUGAAAUCGUAUAAACAGGCACAAAAGUUCAACGGCACUCGGUCGAUUAUAAAUAAGCCAACAAGCAGAAACAAUUAAUUAAUUUCUUUAUUUGGCACAAUAAUUGCCGCAAACGAGUCGCGUGUGAACGAACAAACAGAAUUACGGACCCACUGGCACAUCAUCGGAAGCCCCAAGCCUUAUAGCAGAUAUAGCUCGAGAUUCCACAGAUCGGCGACAAAAUGAAUGACCGUGAAUUAGGCUGUGCGGGCGGCCAGUUUAUGGAUCGCGGACGGAUGAAUCAGAAUGGAGUGGUCCAGCCCCUGCUGACAGACUUGUAUCAAAUAACGAUGGCCUACGCCUACUGGAAAUCCGAUAAGACCGAUGACACGGCCGUAUUCGAUCUGUUCUUUCGCAACAAUCCAUUCCAUGGUGAAUUCACGAUUUUCGCCGGGCUCGAGGAGUGCCUGAAAUUCCUGGAUAGCUUCCACUAUUCCCAAAGCGAUAUCGAAUACCUGAAGCAAACACUGCCCGAGGGCAUUGAGCACGAGUUCUUUGAGUACCUCGGUAACCUGACGGCGCGGGAUGUCACCUUGUAUGCCAUUGAUGAGGGCACAGUAGCAUUUCCACGAGUUCCCAUCAUUAAAAUCGAGGGACCUUUGAUCAUAGUACAGCUGCUGGAAACGACUCUUCUCACCUUGGUAAAUUAUGCCAGUUUAAUGGCCACCAAUGCAGCCCGUUAUCGCAUGGUAGCUGGCAAACAUGUCAAACUAUUGGAAUUUGGACUGCGUCGUGCCCAGGGACCGGAUGGCGGUCUUUCCGCAUCGAAAUAUUCCUACACAGGUGGCUUUGAUGGCACCUCCAAUGUGCUGGCUGGAAAGCUCUUCAACAUCCCCGUAAAGGGAACCCAUGCCCAUGCUUAUAUCACUAGUUUUAGUAGCAUUGGAGAGCUGAAGACCCGUCUGAUUAAGCACAAGCAAACAGGCAUUAUGGAGGAUCUUUUGGAGCACGCUAUCAAGCACCGGGGGUUGCUGUCCCAUCUCCUGGACGUGUCCACUGAGGAAUCCAGCGAGGGAGAACUGGCGGCGAUGGUAUCCUAUGCCAUCGCAUUCCCCGAUGGUUUCAUGGCCCUUGUCGAUACGUACGAUGUUAAGAGCCGAGAAACAGAACAAGCCAACACAGAACCCAAGAUUAUCAAUGAUAUCAAGUCUGAGAACAGUCUGCCAAAGCCGAGGCCAUCGACCAAUGGUCAUCAAAAUGGCAAGUCUAAUGGCCAAGUAAACGGACACAAGACCAAUGGCCAUCAGAAUGGUAUUGCUCAGAGUAACGGCAGUAGAUCGCCAAAAGAUACAAAGAUACAAGAUACUAAAAGCAGCACAACAACUACGACAACAAAAACAGCAACAACAACAGCAGCUUUAAAGACAACAACAGUGUCCAAUGGGACGGCAUACCUACCAAAAUAUGUCGAGAAGUCAUUCAGGAGUGGUCUGCUGAACUUCAGUGCCGUGGCCUUGGCCCUGAACGACCUGGGCUACCAUGCGCUAGGCAUAAGGAUCGACUCCGGGGACCUGGCCUAUCUCUCCUGUUUGGCGCGGGAGACCUUCGAGAAGGUGGCGGAGCGGUUCAAGGUUCCUUGGUUCAACAAGCUGACCAUCGUGGCAUCGAACGACAUCAACGAGGACACCAUCCUCAGCCUGAAUGAGCAGGGGCACAAGAUUGAUUGCUUUGGCAUUGGCACGCAUUUGGUCACCUGCCAGCGACAGCCGGCCCUGGGAUGCGUGUACAAGCUGGUGGAGAUCAACGGCCAGCCGAGGAUCAAGCUGAGCCAGGACGUGGAGAAGGUGACGAUGCCGGGCAACAAGAAUGCCUAUCGGCUGUACAGCGCCGAUGGCCACGCCCUGAUCGACCUGCUGCAGAAGGUAUCGGAGCCGCCGCCGGCGGUGGGACAGAAGGUCCUGUGCCGCCAUCCCUUCCAGGAAUCGAAGCGCGCCUACGUGAUACCCUCGCACGUGGAAUCUCUGUACAAGGUGUACUGGAAGGCGGGCAAGAUCUGCCAGCAGCUCCCCACCUUGGAGCAGGUGCGGGAAAAGGUUCAGAUCUCGCUGAAGACGCUGCGCAACGAUCACAAACGCACGCUCAACCCAACGCCCUAUAAGGUGGCCGUCAGCGACAAUCUGUACAACUUCAUUCACGAUCUGUGGCUGCAGAACGCUCCCAUCGGCGAGCUCUCAUGAUCUAUAUAAGGAGGAUCUCACGAUCUAUUCGCAGAUGCGCGAAAACAUUUCCGAGAAAUUUACUUUUGUUUGGUGUACAACUUUCUGUUUACUGCGUUUUUCGCAAACCUUAGUCAUCUGCUGGUCACAUGCAUUAUAGAAUUGGAAUUUGUUCUGUCCCACGAAGAUUAUCCGUAAAUAUGGAGCACAAAUUCCAACGGAAACUGGCGAGUGAAUUUCAAAACAUUGUGUAGUCAAUAGUCUUAACGUGUUAUAACUAAUAUUUACUGCUAUAUAAAACGCACAUCAUAUUCAGGAAUGUGUCAUGUGCCUUAAACGGAAACGGAAAAAGAAUCAGGAUGCAAAGGAAACACAAACCCAAAAACGAGUAACUAUGAUCAACCAAAAAUCGGAGCGGAGUAAAGAUGUCUUUAAUAUUUUUCUAGUACUUAAGUGUUGAAAUGUUGCUAACGAAGAAGGAAAGUUAGAAGUACAAAUGCUUUUUAGGACAUUUGCACGCAAUAAGGCACACAUCCAGCACACACCUAACUAUAUAUAUAUAUUAUUAGAUACCAUACUUUACAUACUAUGUUUAUGUAUUUAACUAAAUUCAAUUGUAAAUAUGUUCAACUGGAUAACUUUAAGCCAACUAAGCAAUAACACACCCAACACACACCGCCACCUCUAAAUGAUCGCUUCUUAAAAAUGUUUGCCUGUAGUUUUGGUCGAAAAUAAAAAGUGGAAGAGAGCCGAG